GAUGCGCGACGUUCGAAUUUUAUAUCGUUUCAAAAAAAUUGAAACCUAAAGAAGAAAACAUUCAAAGAAUAUAGGACGCACAAUAAUCUUCAUCGGUAAGUAGGUAUUAUUUUUAAGUUCUUCAGUGCGAUGUCUAAUUUCAUAAUGACAACAAUGGAAGAUUAUGAAAAAAUUGAAAAAAUUGGCGAAGGCACAUAUGGAAUAGUAUACAAAGCCAGGAAUUUAAAAACUCGUGAACUAGUCGCGUUGAAAAAAAUUCGACUUGAUUGCGAAGACGAAGGCAUGCCAAGUACAUCGCUUCGAGAAAUAUCAGUUCUCAAGGAAUUACAACACCCCAACAUUGUGUGGUUGCAACAUGUUGUCCACCAAGAUAUGAAACUGUACCUGGUGUUUGAGUAUCUAACAAUGGACCUCAAGAAGCAUUUAGAUACAACGAGUGGAUUUCUUGACAAAAUGCUUGUGAAGAGCUACUUAUACCAAAUUUUGACUGGAAUGUUGUUCUGUCACACAAGAAGAACAUUGCACAGGGACUUAAAGCCACAAAAUCUAUUAAUUAAUGACAAAGGGGUGAUAAAGCUGGCUGAUUUUGGACUAGCAAGAGCAUUUGGCUUGCCCAUUCGUGCUUAUACCCAUGAGAUUGUGACAUUGUGGUAUCGUCCACCUGAAGUCCUGUUGGGUUCCCCUCGUUAUUCCACAGCUGUUGACCAAUGGGGCAUUGGAUGCAUCUUUGCGGAAAUGGUCACCAAAAGACCACUAUUUGCUGGAGAUUCAGAGAUUGACCAACUGUUUCGUAUCUUUAGAAUUUUAGGUACUCCUACAGAGGAAAACUGGCCUGGUGUUUCCAAAUUGCCGCAGUACAAGCCAACGUUUCCAAAAUGGAACAUAUCCGAGAACCAAGGCUUAAAGAAAGUUGUUCCAACAUUGUGUAGCAGUGGCUUGGACCUUCUAGAAAAGUUCUUCAUCUACCAACCAAGCUUAAGAAUCUCAUGUAAAAAAGCUUUACAACAUGCAUACUUUUUGGACUUAAAUACCAGCUUGCUACCUGCACAACCUCAACUAUCGUGUCCUUAAAGUGAUAGCGUACAUAACAAAUUAACUAUCGAUGUUUAAUAUUUAGGAUUUGCCUUUACAUUUGAUUAUUACAUGUUACUAGUUCAUUAAUAAAUUAGAAGUUAUUCAUAAAA